AUGGCUAGUACCCGUGAUUCCCAUUCAUUCGCUUGCGAUGAAUGUCGCCUCCGGAAAUCAAGAUGCUCAAAAGAGCGGCCGAUCUGUCUGCAAUGCCGGCAGCUGAACAAGGAGUGCAAGUACAGUCCAAAAGUUUCCAGAAGUCCCCUGACUCGACAGCAUUUGACAUAUGUUGAAGACCGGCUGCAUUCAUUUGAAACCGCACUAAGCAGACUGUUUCCCGGAGGAGACCUGGAUGCAACUCUCCGCUCUCUUCUGCAAAAUCAAGACACACCGAAAGCACCAUCAUCUAAAUCAUCUUCAAGGCAUUCGACUCCAGCAAAACUUGAAGCUGAACGGGCCGAGCCGCCCCCAGAAGCCCUACCACUACAGGCUGAUGGCUUUGACUGGGCAGAGAAAGAACUAACGCUUGGCGACUUAACAGAUGGCAUGGCGGCACUGUCCAUCAAGCCUGAGGGAGCUGGAUAUUUUGGCGCCUCAUCCAGUGUCGUGCCAUUAAGAGCUCUUUUUGACCAUGGAUUCGAUUUGAACAUUCCCGUCCGCUCAGCGAGGUCUGGAGGUAUUCCACUCAAAGCUCAGCUCUUGGAGAGUGCACCAUCUGGUCUCAUUGAACAAGCAUUUAUUGAUGCAUAUUUCCUCAACUACCACACAAGCUAUCCAUUCGUUCAUGAACCGACAUUUCGGGCCCAAUUUAACGAGCCAUCCUUGCGCCCCCAUGGAAAUGCUUGGCAAAUCCUCCUCAACACCAUUCUAGCUCUUGGCGCAUGGAGUAUUGGCGAUGACAGCUCUGAUCUUGAUGUCACCUUCUAUCAAGAAGCAAGAGGAUUCUUACAACAAGCAUCCGUAUUCGAGACGGGCAAUUUGACCCUUGUGCAAGCGCUGUUGUUGCUGAGUAACUACGCCCAGAAACGAAACAAGCCCAACACAGGCUGGAACUAUCUUGGUCUAGCUGUUCGGAUGGCCAUGAGUUUGGGGCUCCACAAAGAAUUCCCCGGCUGGAAGAUCAGUCUGCUUCAGCGUGAAAUUCGCCGCAGACUCUGGUGGGGUGUCUUCAUUUUUGAUAGCGGUGCCGCCAAGACUUUUGGAAGACCAAUCUUGCUUCCAGAGGAGUGUGUGAUGGACGCGAAGCAAGUCAUGAACAUCCACGAUGAUGCUUUGACUCCAGCAACAACGUCACUUCCCUCUGAAUCUCCCGGCCCAACACUCUACUCCGGCUUGAUUGCACAAGCCCGUUUCCAUCUGCUCACAAACAGUGUCUAUCAACGUUUGAUCUCUAGCCCCAGCGUCACCCCAGAAGAAACAUUGAAUCUACAGAAACCCAUGGAAGAAUGGUACAACAGUUUACCGGCUUACCAUCAUUAUCCUCUACAACCUCUUACUGUACAGCCAACUCAACCCGACCCAGACAACCUCGCUCUUGUUCGCAACAGGCUUUUAUGGCGAAAUUGGAACCUUAUAAUCUUGAUAUACCGUCCAAUCCUGCUCCGCUGGGCAGCUCGGCGGUGGGCACCGCAUGGUGGUAGCUCAGAUGGGUCAUCAACCAGUUCCGACCCAGGCACCGAAGAUCCUUGCGAAACAGAGUGUCGAAUCCGUUGCCUGCAGAACGCACGUCUGACCAUCGCGUCCAUCUCGGAGUACAUGGACAACCAUAUAUGCACAAGGAUAGGCGCAUGGUAUAUGCUCUACUUCCUUUUCCAAGCUGGACUUAUUCCCCUCGUCUUCCUCAUGACAGACCCCUCCAACCCAGAUGCUCCAACCUGGCUCCAAGACAUUGAAACAACCAAAGCACUCCUCACUCACCCAUCUUUCGGCAACAAUCGCUUCGCCUCACGAUGCUCCGAAGUCAUCGAUCGCCUCUUGGGCCCAGCAAGUGUGAUGUCCGGUCUCCCUCCCAACCCACAGCAACAGCCCUACCAACCACUUGCUCAAGGCUUCAUGCCUUUCCCAGAACAACUUUUCAACGAGCAGGGCUUCCCGGGUAGUUUUUUCCAAGCAAAUCAGCCAAUGCCCAGUCCUGGAGGAAUGGACUUUUCAGAUUGGGUGCACUUUCCAACGCAAGAACAAUAG